AUGGCCGCUGCUACUUUGCAAGCUGUAGCCCUCGUCGGCGCGGUGCUGGGUGUUGCGUCUCACUGGGGCUAUUUCAUCCACGGAGAGCAUCACAUGGACGGAACCCGAAUUAUACUCUCUUUCUUUGCAGUCACAACCUUCUUAUUUGUUUCAGUCAUCAGACUUGAUGGCAACCAUUCCUAUAUGGCAGCCAGCCAAACCACAGCAGUCGCAUCUGUAUCCUUUCUCAGCACCUUGACUCUUAGUAUCUUGACCUACCGUGCUUUCUUCCACCCACUUCGCAACUUCCCUGGGCCUUUCAGUGCAAAGUUCAAUAAUUUUUCUCACUUUUUCCGAAUCGUUAAAGAAUCGAGAAAUCAUAUUGAAGCGGACAGAUUGCACAAGAAAUAUGGAGAAUUUGUGCGCAUUGGGCCGAAUGAACUAACUACCAUAUCCCCAGAUGCAGUGACAAUACUCUCAGGAACUGGCUCAAAGUGCUCGAAGUCCCCAUGGUAUGACUGUGUCAGCUACCCAACUGUUUCACUGCAGUUGACUCGCUCAAGAGUUCUGCAUGACAAGCGAAGGAAGAUAUGGGAUCGCGCUUUCACUAUGAAGGGUGAGAUGGUAUUCGAAUCUAUCGAGAAGACGAUAUCAAGUACUGACGAGGCACUGCUAGCUCUCCGGGAGUACGAAAGUCGUGUAAAGACCUUCACUAAUGAACUCAUAUCGGUUUUGGGUUCGAAGACGGGGCAAUCUCUUAAUGCAAGCCUCUGGUUCAAUUUCUAUUCCUUUGAUAUCAUGGGUGACAUGGCUUUUGGCCAGUCUUUUGAUAUGAUGAAGAGUGGCGAAAAGCAUUCUGCAAUUAAGAUCUUGCACGAAGGAAUGAAACCAAUUGGGGUUCUCACGCCGGUAGCUUGGGUGAUGCCAGUUCUUCUAGACAUACCAGGCCUCGGCGGCGGAGUCAAAGAUUUCAUUCAAUACAAUAAAAAUAGAGUUGCUUUCCGGAAAGAGAACAUUCCUGAAACACGAGACCUAUUCAGCUGGUUGAUCGAAGCCGAGGAACAGAGUAAUGACCCAAUUCAUAAAGAUCCGAGGUGGCUCUGGGGUGACAGUGCACUCAUCGUUGUAGCCGGAAGUGAUACCACUGCUACGACUCUCACUCAUAUCUUCUAUCAUCUCGUACGCUCACCAAAAGUGUACUCCACGCUUCGAAAAGAGCUCGAAGCAUUCUACCAGCCUGGAUCUGAGUCCGAAUUCAAGGAUCUCCAAGAUUCCCCCUAUCUUAACGGCGUAAUCAACGAGACACUACGGUUGCAUCCUCCAGUCCCCAGCGGACUAAAGCGCUACACCCCACCAGAAGGUAUUACAAUCGGCUCAACAUAUAUCCCGGGAAAUAUUACGAUCUCAACUCCAUUCUGGAGUAUGGGCAGACUUGAAUCAUGCUACAAAAAUGCCGAAGAAUUUCUACCCGAGCGAUGGGAGGAAAACUCAGAGUUGAUUCUUAACAAGUCCGUGUUUGUACCUUUCUCCUCUGGGCCGUACGGUUGUGUUGGGAAGAACUUGGCGCUCAUGGAACUUCGAAGUGUAGUGGCACGUAUAGUAACGGAAUUUGAUACCAAAUUUGCCCCGGGUGAAGAUGGACGCGCGUUGAUGGAAGAAUCGAAGGAUACAUUCACGAUGGAGCUGGCACCUAUGGAAUUGGUUUUCACGAAGAGGAAGGACUGA